GAGAGAGCGAGAGAGAGAGAGAUCCAUUGAUCCGACGUGUUGCAGCGUUGCGGUGCAUCUAAACUCCUCCCGGGCUGCCGGACGGACACGCCGCACACUGGGACCCUAUAUAAGCUCUGCAGCUGUCAGGUGGAGGACACUAGCUGCUCUGCACUGGGGAACGAGUCGCUUUAGCUUUAGGGGAUUACAGCUCUGUCUGCUCGCUCAUACAUCCAAACUGUCACCAUGUCUUGGGGAUACAAACCAAACAAUGGACCUCAGAAGUGGGUUGAAAAUUUCCCUAUUGCCGAUGGAGUCCGUCAGUCUCCUAUUGACAUCGUACCGGGCCAAGCAUCAUAUGACGCGGGGCUGAAGCCGCUCACCCUGAAGUACGACCCGUCCACCUGCCUCGAUAUUCUCAACAACGGGCACUCCGUCCAAGUGACCUUCGCGGACGACACCGACAGCUCAAGUUUAACGGAUGGACCAAUCUCAGGGUUAUACAGACUCAAGCAGUUUCAUUUCCACUGGGGAGCUUCUGAUAGCAAGGGCUCUGAACAUACUGUGGCUGGGACCAAAUAUCCCGCUGAGCUUCAUCUGGUGCAUUGGAACACCAAAUAUACAAGUUUCAGCGAGGCUGCUAGCAAGCCCGAUGGACUCGCUGUGGUUGGAGUUUUCCUGAAGAUUGGUGGUGAAAAUCCAAAUCUCCAGAAGCUUCUUGAUGCCUUUGACACCAUCAAGUCCAAAGGCAAGCAGACCUCUUUUGAAAAUUUCGACCCCUCUACUUUGCUCCCUGGUUGCCUAGACUACUGGACUUAUGAUGGCUCUCUGACCACACCCCCUCUGUAUGAGAGCGUUACCUGGAUUGUCUGCAAAGAACCAAUCAGCACCAGCUCUGCACAGAUGGCCAAAUUCCGCACUCUGCUCUUCUCCGCCGAUGGGGCGGCUCAGGACUGCAUGGUGGACAACUACCGCCCACCCCAGCCACUCAAGGAUCGCACCGUCCGUGCUUCCUUCAAGUAGUAACCCCUCCCCCUGUUGUGACCUUUUCUGCCCUCUUGCCCUUUCCCUUCCCCUCCCCUUCAGCCUGACACCCAGAAAUACCUCUCUUGUAGUAAGCCGCGAAGCACACAUAUCUCUCUCAAUCCAGUUUCAGAAGGAUGUUAAAUUUCUGUGGCCCAUGGCUUUCCGUGCUCGACAGUCUAACUGUGAAAUGGAGCACUAGAAGGAUUUGCAUCUCUGUUUCUAUAUGCAGAACAAGCAAGCAUAAUUGAUUUUAAAGGACAAACAUUUAACAGUGGUUGCAACAUAUUUACAAGGCUUCUACAUUUGCUCUUGCUGUUUUUUAGAAGCAUUACACAAGAAUGUGCAGGUCUCUUUUUAUUUUACCCUCAGAAAGCCACAAGGGUGAAAAAUGAAGAUGAAUUACUAUCGAAAUGGUGCUCUUCCUUUAGCAGGAAGCAGAAAGGACAAGCUAGUUUCAGCAUGGCAAAGGGAGGAAAUGUGAGGAGCAUGAGGUGCACAUACAAGACCUGGCACACAGGACCGUGCUGCUCCUGGACUGUCUGUAAUCUCUGACAGACUGCCAGCCUCUGCAUCACAGCGGCUUAGUGUGACGAUGCAGCCUCCUCCAUCACAUCCUAUUGACUCAGAAAAAUCACCCUCUGGCACAAAUACACACACAUCACUGGCGCAGUCUCUGCAGACAUGAUGCCCAUAACUCUGACCUGCUUAUCAAUCUGAAUUGUAGAACAGCAUGCAGCAACAAAGGGCACGACAGCACAAAGCUGCUAGGGUCGGCUAAAUUGAACACCAUAGCAGUGAUUUAUUUCUCUGCUUUUACAUCCAGCUCUGCGAGUCUUUCAUGUCUGUGUCAUCCCAAGAUGUGUGAGUUUUUUGAGCCUGAGAGCUUAUGCAAAAUGAGUCUUUACUGAUUCCUAAAUUUAUAUUUAUAACCAAAAAGCCUCUUUCCUCUUGAUGCCCUCAUAACACCGCAAUAGACAAAUAUAGUGCUUCUUUUAAAAAUGAAAUGAAAUCCCCUUGUGUGUAUUUUUCAUUCUUUUUUUAAAUUUUAUUUCUUCAAUUCUCAUUGUGUAGAGUGCUAAUGCUUAAAACGCACAGUAAUGUUCGGUCGUCCUGUGGGCGAUGUCACAGUGGCAAACGCACAACGCCAAGGAAGAAAUUAUCCUAAAGCCAAGAAAGAGGAAAACCUGCCAACAGACAAGACUAUAGUGUCAAGGGGGGGUCAAGCCCUGUGUAGGAGAACAACUAGCAAACGGGUAUUUAUUCUCAAAAGCCUCCUUUAGACCAGUGUACAUUUCUGAAGCACUGCAGAUGUUUGACUAAGCCAGAAAAGAGAUACCAGAAAGAUUGUAAUUACUGUAGGAAAACAAGCCUUAUGCCAAUAAUUUGUAGGGCCUUCCUGGAAGUUUGUGCUAUUACCAUUCUAUUUUGGAAGUGGAUAUUUUAAUAGUGAAAUAAAUGUAUAUUUACAACUUAAA